UUUUACAUGGCCCACCCGUUAUAACUUCAUAAAACUAUAAAUCUGAUAUUCCUAGAUAGGCUACAGUAGUCCUCAUUAGGUUAACAAGUAUUCAUUUAUUAAUGUACUAUUAUAUAUAGUUUUAAUUUUGCACACUCUGUUUACAAAAGUUUCGUUUUCUCGAAACCAAUCUGCUGUGGGUUGGUCUUUGUUUGCAAAAAUGGGUCCAUUUUUCUGAUGGAAGAAAAAUUACGUCAUUCAAAGUGUUUUCGACAUGGUUCAAAAAACCUUUUAACGUGGGAUUUCACAUACCUAAGAAAGACAAGUGCGCACUGUGUCUUGCUGCAAAAAGUUUCGAUGUUUUAAAUGAAGAGCAGAUGGAAAAACUAAAAAAAACAUGAAGAAGAAAAAGAAGAAUCAUACAAAAGGUUUAAAUUUCACCAAAACUUGUACGCAGUCGAUAAAACUGUAGUUUGCGCCAGUUUCGACUUGCAAAAGGUGUUAAACACACCACACGGAGACAGCAUGAUUCUUUACUACAGUCGCAAAAUCGCCGUGUACAACUUUACUAUAUAUGAAAGUGGAACACAUAAAGGCUUCUGCCACAUAUGGUCUGAAAUCGAUGGCCAUAGAGGAGCAAAUGAAAUUGCUACAUGCGUGUUUAAUUAUAUCAGAAGCCUUGAUCAACGUGGCGACAUAAAGAAAAUUAUAUUUUAUUGUGAUUCUGCGUAUGGACAAAACAAGAAUAAAACUGUUUUAGCCAUGUUACGGUAUGCACUACAUACCAGCGCAAAUCUAGAAUCAAUCCAGAUUAAUUAUCUGAUUCCGGGCCACACAUAUAUGCCGGUAGAUAGUAUGCAUGCUACUAUUGAAACGUCAAUAAAAAAGACCAUCAUAUGGGCGCCUUCACAAUGGCCUACUAUUAUAGAAUAUGCUCGAAAAAAUCCAGAAUCUUAUCAUGUGAAUGUGCUUAAUGGUGUAGACUUUCUAGGUUUCGAAAACAUUGUAGAGCACACGUUCAAAAAAAACCAAAAAUUACAAAUAUCUAAGAUUGCUACUGCUACAAUAAAAAAAAAACAAUAUAGAUAAAAUAUCCGUUAAAUAUUCAAUGUUGCUAAAUGCUGAAACAUCAGAAAUUACUGUUAGUAAUUUAAGCGGCGUUUCUUUAAAAACAGCUUUUUAUCCCUCUCAAUUACCGAUUUGUACAAAAAAUAUAAUAAUUUAAAACAACUGGUUGAAAAACAAGCUAUUCCUAAAAGAUUUGCAAAUGAGUACUUAAAUUUGAAAAACAGCUCUAAAGUAGCUGACUGUUUACCGGCCACAGACGAAGAAGAUAAUAUUAUUUAACUUUUUGCUUUUUAAAAUACGAAUAAUGUAUAUGUAUAUUCCUUAAAACAGAGGUCCAAUUAAAAAUAAACUCAUGUUCUCAGAUGUCACAUUAUAAGGUUCUUGUCUUUUUGUCGAUUUUGAUGAAGAUUAUUUAAUUUUAAAUUAAUAAUUAUUAUGCCCAUUUUUAUAACUGUAUUUAUGUUGUUUAGAAGAAGAGUUUGUUUUUUAUUGUUUUUAUAACGAUUUUUAUAGUGUUCGGAAGACUGAUUAAUUUUAACUUUGUUAAAACCAUUUAAUGGUGUACUAUGUGAAUCAAUACUAUGUUAACUAUUAUCAUUUUAUUAAGCAUUAUGUUUGAUUUUAAAGUUCAUUUAAUUUUCUUAACUUACUACAUACUUACUAUUGGAUAGAGCCAACUAAUUACCGCUUAGUUUAUGUGGCCAAAACAUCUAUUCUAAUAAACUUUUUUAAAUUCUGCAAUUUUGUUUUCAUUUGUAAUUAAAGCACUGUCUUUCGCUUAUAAUUAUUUAUAGUCUCACAAUUACAUCGCAAUCGAUGUAUAAGAUUAUUAUAAACAAAUCAUUUACGACGAUAUCCAUGAUAAUAAAAUAGUUUUAAACUUAUUUACCAGCAUUUUACAGGUUCAAUAGGAAGAAGUGAAAUCAGUUACACCGUUUUUACAUUCUUGAGAAAAGGCAGGUUUUGAACUCGUCUUACAUUUUGGUCCGUAGUUACAACAUUGUUACUGCCUCUAAAAAAUACAUCAAAUGAUGUAACUGACAUAAAGUAUCUUAUAAAACAACUUUGGAUAGAAUUCAUGCACAUUCAUAGAUUCUUCCACUUAAUUUCGAUUUACUGUCCAAAUAUCACUUAACAAGGACCUAUAAACCCUGAAAUAUGUUUUUUUUUAAAUCAGGAAAGUUUUUUGGCUCUGGUAAACAAUUUAGUUUUAGUUAGUUACUACGUUUCCGUUUCCUUGCGUCGAUAUAUAAGGGGCCCGGUAUGAGAAAAAUGUGAGGAGUAAAAUCUAUCGAUGAAUGACCUCGUUACGUUUUUGGUGCGCAUCCUAUGUGGCGCAACUUUGACAAACAAAGAUGACGGAUUGACAUUAAUAUUUUUUUUUAAAUCUGAACUGAAUUUAGAUAUUAUUUCUGAUAAAGCAAUGGGGACAACGAGGUAUGGUACAACCAUUGAUGCGGUAUUUUCAAGAUUCGUGAACCACGUAUCUACGAACGUCCAUGUGUCUUAUUUUAGUUACCAUAAACCACUUGCCACUGUAAUUAAUAAUGCAGACAAUGUUGAUUUAAUUAAUAUUUAAAAAAAUGAUAAUAGUCUGAUAACAAUAAUUACAUAAUUUAUCAACAUUCCUAAUGAUAUCAUUAUAUAUUUAUGCACAUCUGAAAUUGACUAUUGUAAAAAGUUUAAUGUAAAAUAUUUCGUCGAUUAGUUAUAAUAAAUGUAUAUGAAAUUAAUAAAUAUAUAUUUAUAUAUGUAUAUUUUUUUUAAUUUGUCCUUUCAUACAGUAUCAAUCUUAUUUAAGUUAAAUAAUAUCGAUCUAAUGGCUUAGAAAAAGCCAUGUCCAAGUUAUUGAAGGUGGUCUAUGUUAAGCCACAAUACGGGCAACGCAUUUGGUAUGACGUAUUUAAUAAAAUGUUAAGGACUUUUCCGUCAAUAGCUGCACAAUAUAGUUCACAACUUACGUAUAUUAUGACCUUGUGAGGUUUUGCCUUGCAGUUGCAAAUUAGAUAUAUGAUUUUCAAUUAAUUCUUUUUCUGCUAGAAUUAAUUCUUUGUUCUCCAUCCUAUAUUGAAUAGGAAUAGGUCUGCAGUAUCUAUGUGAUUGUGAAGCUGGAUUAGAUCAAACAACAUUAUUCAACACGAGCUGCAGCGGAACAAAUGUAGUAGCAAAAAGAUUAUUUUCAUCGUCACUCCACAAUAUUGUAUAAUUAUUCACGCAAUAUGCAACAAAUAAAACUGCCAAUUUUGAGUCGGUAAAUCCUUAUAAUACAUAAAUAUUUUGUAAUAAAAACUAUCUAAAGUCUUAUUAGUUACAUACUUAUAAGUUAUAUUCUCUUUAUUCUCCAAUAACAAUAAAUAGGUCAUAUAAUAUAUGUUAAAAGAAUGCUUAUUAACAUAUAUUAUAGGAACUCAUUUUAUUUUUAAAUACUCAGUUCCAGUGACAGUGACAACCCUACUACCGGAAUUAUGUUUAAUUAAUAUUUUUGUUUAUAACUCGUACAUAACGAGGUUUUCGGUUGCAUUAAAAAUACUCUACAUAGGGACAACAAACUUCAAUAUUUUCAUGUAUAAAUAUUAUCCGAAUACGCCGUUAUUCUUAAGAAAAAAAAUUAAAUCGAAAAUAAAAAAAAAGGUCAUAUGGUCUAUACGGUUUGCUUUAGAAGGCUCAAAUUUUGUGAAAAGGUGUAUAAUAUAAAGCUUUAUAUAAACCUUUAACCAAAACUAAAACAAUAUGAACAAUAGAGGAGCUAGAUGAUUUUUUUUUUAAAUUCCUAGUUCUAAAAUAGGUUAACUUUGAUUUUUUUUUCUCGAAAACUACGAGGCCUAGUAAUUUUUCAGUAUUUUUCCAGUGUUAAUAAUAGCUUAAUUUAUAGGAAUUCGGGAUAAAAAGGGCAUGUCACAAAAUCGAGGUUCUUAAAACACUGUGGAGCGUACCGUGACCGUGAGGCGUUUCACAGAAACUCAUCGAUACCAGGAGCCAUUUGGCGAAAUUAAUUACUUCAGAAUGGUGAUGAGAUUAUACCAGCAGAUUACGAGCUCAGUUUUUAGUCGAGUUAGUGUAAUAAUUAAUAAUUGUUACUCAUUUUAGAUAUACAGGGUGUUACAGAAUUCCGAAAUAAAAUUUGUAGGUAUGUAUUUCGAAAUAAAAAUUUGUAGGUAUCUGAGCGGGGCGCAGGGGCGCCUGGGGGAGAGAGGGGGAUCUGUUUAGGUAGUUCUAAUCGUACUGUUAGAACGAGUCCCGGGGUUGA